AUGGCUAACCCAAAGCAACAUUACGAAGUCGCCAUUGCUGGAGGGGGCAUAGCUGGCGUUACUCUUGCUUUGAUGCUCGAGAAACUCAACAUCAGCUACAUUCUCUUUGAGGGUCGUGACACCCUCGAGUCAGACAGAGGUGCCGGUAUUGGUCUGCAGCCAAACGGUCUGCGUAUCCUUGACCAGCUAGGUCUCGUGGAGGACAUCGAACAGGCUACCAUACCCCUCAGAAAGUGGUUCUCCUAUGACAGUGAGGGGAACAUGAUGUCUGAUUCUAGUGCCAUGGGACAGUACCGCGAGAAGAUCGGAUACCCUGUCGCCUUUAUCGAACGACCAAAGCUUCUUCCCAUCAUGGUGCGCCGCAUACAGCGUACGGAAUGCGUCAGGACGUCGGCGCGUGUUACCUCGAUCGAGGAGACAGAUAACCAUGUCGUUGUCACAACGUCCAGUGGGCUAUCCGUCACGGCAGACAUGGUUGUGGGUGCGGACGGCGUACGCAGUGCUGUACGCGACCAUAUCGACUCCUCCUUGCCCCAGAAGAAGAUUCGCUCCGCAGAUGAUUACAUCGGCAUCGGCUUCUCCACCGUCUAUGGAAUGUCGGCGCCCACCGAGGGCAUUGCCCCUGGCGAGCGGUUUGCAGUUUAUCGAGAGCAGGAGACCAUCAUCGGCUUCACGGGCAAGGACGGCAUCGUGUUCUGGUUCGUCUUCGAGAACCUUAACAAUGACAUCCCGCUCUCCCAUGCGCCACGAUACACUGAGGCCGAGGCCGAAGCACUCUGCCAGGCUGUUGCCCACGUCCGAGUUACACCACGGCUCAAGUUCGGAGACCUCUUCAAGAACCGAGUCAUGGCUGUUAAGAUUGCAGUUGAGGAAGGCGUGGCAAAAAGAUGGCACACCGACCGUGCCGUCAUCGUCGGAGACGCCGCCUGCAAGACGACCCCAGCAGGUGGCCAAGGUGCUAACCAGGCCAUAGAGUCGUGCGCCGUCUUGGUCAAUAAACUCAUGGAGGCUCGAAAGGCAUCCGUGCCUGGUGAGAAGCUACCGCGCGAGGCCAUCAAGACUGCCUUUGCUAGUUAUGCCCAGGUGCGAGCGCAGUCAGCUGCCAUGACAUUGGAGAGGUCUCGGAUGGUCUGCAGCGCACUGCUUUGCAUUCCCGGACCGGCUGCGGCCAUGGUCAAGGACAUGUUGAAGCUCAGCGAUGAAGAUUGGCUUUUGCGCGCGUUCAUGGCCCUGUCCACCGCGCCAGUCCUGGAGGAUGUUGAGCUUACUGCUCGAGGACACCUCUACAACAAGGCAGUCAAGGCGGCGCAGGACGAGACGGAGAGACGCCGGAAUGCAGCUAGCCCAGCGACACGAGUGGAACAGAAGAGGAAAGUUGAUACGCCGACUAACGAGCCAAGCGAACUUCAGGACCCUGUCAGCCUGGUGCAAGCGGCGAAGAAACUGGUGGAAGUCUCUUAG